AUGAAGGGUCUGAGUGGCAUGCUUGCAGACGCCUAUGCGACAUGGCUUUCGCCCCUCAUCGACUGCUGCGCUCCAUUUUCUGACUCCGUGGAGAAUAAGCCGCGUCAAAACACCUUUGACAUUUCUGAGAAACUGUCACCCACCGUAACCCGCAAUCAGCCCGUGCCCAUGCCGCGGCCCUUUGCUGGGACAAUGCAAAAGACAGCCGGACCUCGCUCUCAACCGCAGGGGAAGUCGAAAGGAGUGAAGAGAAGUUUCGCAUCGCUCCGGGAGCGGUUCUCUGUGAGAAAACGAUCUCGCUCAGACUCCUCAUCACGGCGACUACAAAUAUCGGCCCCCAGCAACUUCCGCCAUUUGCAUUCAGAAUCUUUUCAGUUUCCCCAGUAUACAAACCUCCAGCACGUUGGCCGGACCCCACCUCCACGUCCCACGCCACGACCUCGUCCUUCGUCGUUUAGACCGCUGGAACUCAGCAUGUAUGUGCAUAAGAGGGAGCUGUCGCCGAUUCUGCCGCACUUCGACAUGAUUACACCGCCACGGCCUUCCCAAAUCCGGCCUAAUCCCGAUGACGAUGUAUUCGGACCUUCGCAUGAACCGAACUAUUCCCCAAUGUCGUUCCAUCUACCCCGGAAGAUGUCUGCGUCGCCAUCAACUUUGGCAAGCGAUACACCGCCGAAGAUUCCGCCCAAGUCAAGGGCCCGGUCUCAGACGUCAUCUCGUGCAAGCGCAGAGAGGAUGAAGGAGCGUAUCGCCGGCGCCAUGUUGGAGGUAGACAAGCUUCAGCGCGAGAUCGAGUCAGUCAUGGAGCGUCAGAGCAUCUACGCCAGCAGUCGGCCUUCGACUGCUCAUUCGAUGGCACUGACAGCGCACGACGUGGAGCCCAUACCCACGGUCCCCGCCCUCCCGCCAUCCGCACCAUCCUUUGCCGAGCGUCUAAACCCCGGGGCCGAGCGUCCUCACACGGCGCCACCCCGGCCACCGGUGCACAUUCCCCACCGCGGCAUGGCCUUCGCCGACGCCUCGGCAGCCUUCAUUACCCCGCCUCCGAGCCGCGGCAGGGAAAGCCGGCCGCCGCCGCCUCCCCCACUUCCCCUCGUCCUGAGGCCCCCCUUGCGCAAGAAGAAAUCAUUUUCGCGCGUUUCCAGCUGGCUGUUCCCCGGCGUUGCAGCCGAGCAGCACCAUCAGCGGAGCAUCAGCCACGAUUCCAUCACUAAUUUCCCCCGCCCCGUCAAGGGCCGCGAGGGCUUCUACCAAUGUGUCCAUGCGCCGCGGGACAGGCGCACUAGUGUUGACACGGUGUCGACUGUGUCGACUUGGGAGUCGGAAGACGGAAGCCAAACGGUCCCGACGACGUGGUCGCCAGGCAGCACUCUCGCCACCAGAGCGGAGGAGCCGCCUCUGGAGCGCGUCACCACCUUUGGGAAGGAAAAAGAUGCCGGCGGUCCUAGAAGGACCGGCUUCAUGGCUGCAUUUUAA